UGCUAGUCUCAAUGUCUAAUUCCUGGAGAAAACGGGGAAAGAGCCUGAAAAAAAUAUAUAUUUGCGUCUCGACUCAACCUCGACUCGCCGAAGAAGCACGUCUCUUACGUGGUGGAAUGUGUUGUCCCAAACGGCGUUAUAUUCAUGAACGUACAUGCACAUGUGUGUACCCACCGCUCGCAUUCUAAAGGACUACAAAGCUAAGGCUUGACAGCGGGGUUAUACCAACAAGAAACGAGAAAAUAUCCAAGGAUUCGCAUUAUUUUGCUAUUGGUAGACAAAUCGAAUUCUGUUUGAAACUUGUCUUGUGAAUAUUCGAUGUCUAAUUGGUGUGUGGAGAUCCGUAUUACACCAACAAAAGGAGAGGCAGAGAAGGCCUUAGGCUUGGGGAAAACCAGCAAGGAACUGCUAUCGCAGAAACGAGGAAUAAGAAGGAAUUUCUGAAUUUGUUCAGCACGGGCCAUCGGAAUCGCAUUUCUGACUACACUGUGUUUUCAAGCAUUUGAAUAGCCUGUGACAUGAAGCGAAAAAAUGGAUACGCUGAAAACAAUAUAGCCUACGCAUAGCCUUCAUUUAGUAGCGUAGAGUGCCAAUGUUGUUACACACUACGCUUGUUCGUAUCUGCAUGGAGGAUUGCUGACACAUCGAAGAAACACGGCCUAAUGAAUUGAAAUGCUUUUUAUUAAACCCCACUGGUCUUCUGCACCAAGAGCAUACUCGACUAGGAAUAAAAUCCAGUUGGGAUUGCAGUCAUAUGCUUCAUUUACUGCUAACCAAUCCGUGGAAUUAAGUAUUUUUUCCAUUUCAGUGCUGAAGUAAAGAAGACUGAAGUCACGGAUACUUGUUUUGACUGUGGUUUAUAGCUUUAUAUCAAGAAAGCUGUGAUCAUUCACCGAACAUCUGAGGGCCGCACUGUUGUCGUCAUCAGCAGUAGGCUAUCCUGCUCUCCUAGCAGAGCCAGCAGCACUACUGAAAAGACGCAGGAUGUACACUACGUAAAAUAGAAACUGCACAAUCACGUAUCUAAUCAGGCCGUAUAGUUUUAUGCUUCACUGGUGUAUUUUUACAAACUGUUUAAAUGUCGCAAAUGUAUUCGACUAUUUAGUGGGUCAAACAAGGGAGAUAGUAAAGGGUGAUUAAUUAUUUAUUUUUAACAUUCCCCCUCCCCUGGACGCUUUUCGUGUGGGAAGAUGGGCUGUUUGGGGAAUAGUAAGACAGAGGACCAACGAAAUGACGAGAAACAACAAAGAGAAGCUAACAAAAAAAUUGAUAAACAAUUACAGAAAGACAAACAGAUAUACAGAGCAACACAUCGGCUUCUACUUUUGGGUGCUGGUGAGUCUGGGAAGAGCACCAUUGUAAAGCAGAUGCGAAUCCUUCAUGUCAAUGGAUUCAAUGCAGAGGAGAAAAAACAGAAAAUUCAGGACAUCAAGAACAACAUUAAGGAGGCGAUAGAAACUAUAGUGACAGCCAUGGGAACCCUGGCUCCGCCUCUUCAGCUGGCCUGUCCUGCCAGCCAAUGGAGAAUGGAGUAUAUCCUUAACCUAGCAAAUCAGAAAGACUUUGAUUUUCCUUCUGAGUUCUAUGAGCAUGCCAAAUGCCUUUGGCAGGAUGAAGGUGUGAAGGCGUGCUAUGAAAGGUCUAACGAGUACCAGCUCAUAGACUGUGCCCAGUACUUUUUAGACAAGAUAGACAUUGUAAAGCAGAGUGACUACACGCCUUCUGAUCAGGACUUGCUCAGAUGCAGAGUUCUAACCUCUGGGAUCUUCGAGACAAGAUUCCAAGUGGACAAAGUAAAUUUCCAUAUGUUUGAUGUUGGAGGACAGAGAGACGAGCGGAGAAAAUGGAUCCAGUGCUUCAAUGAUGUAACAGCGAUCAUCUUCGUGGUGGCCAGUAGCAGUUAUAAUAUGGUGGUCAGAGAGGACAAUCAGACCAACCGCUUACAGGAAGCAUUGAAUCUCUUUAAAAACAUCUGGAACAAUAGAUGGUUGCGGACAAUCUCAGUCAUCCUGUUUCUCAACAAACAAGAUCUACUGGCUGAGAAGGUUCUGGCAGGGAAGUCUAAAAUUGAGGAGUACUUCCCUGAGUUUGCACGCUACACCACACCAGAUGACGCAACCCCAGAGUCAGGCGAACAUCCACGGGUCACCAGAGCUAAGUAUUUCAUCAGAGACGAGUUUCUGCGGAUCAGCACAGCCAGCGGAGAUGGCCGCCACUACUGCUACCCUCACUUCACCUGUGCCGUGGACACUGAGAACAUACGCCGCGUCUUCAACGACUGCCGGGAUAUCAUCCAGAGGAUGCAUCUCCGUCAGUACGAACUCUUGUGAUUGAAGGAGAGCGAUGAACUCAGAUAGAUACGAGCUGUUGGGAUUGGAGCAGGAGAGCAAAACUCCAUCAGCAUGAGCUGUCGCUGUUAAGAGGGAGGGAAGGUGGACUUCACCAGUGAGAGCUGACGGGAUUGGAGGAAGAAAAGAGGAGUGACUGUGAAAAAGCUCUCACGACGGGGGGUGGAAACGGUGACUAUCCCCCCGCUUCCCACUGCUGACCCCCCGCACCCCAACACUUACACACAGACACAGACAAGAACACACACGCAUACACACAUAUUCAAGCACAUAUGCCUUUUUAGCAAUCAUACCCUAGUGUCAUAUGCACACUUCCUGAUACACACCAUCCUCACUUGAAGGUGCACACAAUGUCUUUCCAGACUGGUAAGUAUAAACACAUGUCAUCUUACACUGAAGGGCGGUUGUUUCUGAUCAUUUAGCUGCUUUUGAAGUGGUCAGCGACUGAUUGGAAUAGGGGGAAAAAAGAAGAUGGAGGGAUUCCCAAGGCAAAAGACUUUAGGGAACUAGUGAAAAGCUGUCAAGAAGAAGGUCUAGAGAGAAACUGCAUUACGAGGAGAGAGACCAGUCUGCAACAGCUAAAAGAACUCCCCUCACAGGGUCAUCUGUCUGUGGACUGCUGUGCCAUUGAUACCUUUGACCUCCGCUCCUCCUGUCACACCCCCCCCCACUCCUUCCUUGUCCCAUCCCCUCCAAAACCUCUACCCUUUAUGUUCUUACUCAUCACCCCCCUCUUUCCAAAUGCUUUGUUUUUCCUGCACCAAUACAGUCUUGGUUGAUCAGAGACUUUAAGAGUAACAAUGUUUUAAAAAUGACAGAAAUGACUAUGAUAACUUGGACACUAAUAUGUUCUCUCACUCUCAUCAGCCUUCUUCCAUCAUCAUUCUCUUCUCCUGUCUCUUUAUUUUACUGCUGGACUAUUAUUCUUGUACAGACUGUAAAAUGUAUUAUUUUGUACAACUUUAUUGAAAAAAAAAAAACUUGUAGAAGAUU